GAAUGUUUUGUAUUCAAGUAGAAAAUGCCACCAAGUCAAGCUCUUCCAAAGAAGAAGGAAUGAGAGAAAACAAAACUAAGAAUUCAAGUGAAAUUCAAACACAAGUUGUUGGUAUACCUGUUUCUGGUGUAGAGUGCUUUGGUUCUCCUGGUGAACAGAGUUACACUGGUAAGACCCUUUUUCCCAAGGAUGAAGUUACGGAAAGUCUGUACAUAGAAAAUAUAGAGUUUAGUGCUGGUAAUCCUUUGUUGGAAACAAUAACUGGUGAAUUGCACUUGUAUCGUUCGGUAGAAAAAGGAAUCUAUCAAAUGUCCCAAGUCUUGUGUGUUUUGGCUGUACCUGCUUACUUCACAGCUGCCGACUUUUGUAUGUUUGUAGGUCCUUUUGGAAAUCAUAUUCGUAAUAUGCGUCUAUUGAGAGAUUCUCGAGCUUGUAAUCGAUAUAUGGUUCUCAUUCAAUUCGAAUCACUAGAAAGUGCUGAAAACUUUUAUCGGGGAUAUGAAGGCAAGUUAUUUAGUAGUAUUGGACCUGAGUGUUGUCGUAUUUUGUCUGUAUCGAGCGUUGUCUUUCGUAACACAACAAAUAGCAAAAUGGAAACAUUCCCUGAUGUAGAUACAACAUUGGAACUUCCAACUUGUCCCGUUUGUUUGGAAAGAUUGGACUCUUCAGUUUCUGGUCUAAUUACAAGUCUUUGUAAUCAUACUUUGCACUGUAGUUGCUUAUCCAAAUGGGGAGACAAUUCUUGUCCUGUUUGUAGAUAUUGCCAGGAACCAGUACCAGAAUCUAAUUCUUGUCAACGUUGUGGAACGACACAGUCAUUAUGGAUGUGUUUGAUAUGUGGACAUGUUGGCUGUGGAAGAUAUGUGGAAUUUCAUGCUUUAGUUCACUUUAAAGAAUCCAGUCACACCUUUGCCAUGGAAUUGGAAUCAGGAAGAGUGUGGGAUUAUGUUGGUGACAAUUAUGUCCAUAGAUUGAUAGUAAACAAAACAGAUGGGAAAUUGGUGGAGUUGCCUUCGUUGCAAGAAGAAAGUCUAGAACGACCACAUAUUGGAGCUUCAUCUUCCAGUCUUCAAGAAAGUGAUACAAAUGAUAAGAAAAAGAAUGAAAAUGAUGAUUGGAUGGACUCGAUUCUCCAACAAUACGACUAUUUAUUAACCAGUCAAUUGGAAAGUCAACGAGAAUACUAUGAACAACAACUUCAACAAGUAGAUUUGGAUCGUAACCAGAAAAUAGCCGAAAUGGAAUGCGAAAUGAAGCAAUGUAAACUAGAAACGGAUGAAUGGAAGAAACAAUACAAACAAUUGGAAAAAGAGAAGAAAGCUUUACAAAGACAAAUGGCUGAACUACAAAAGAAUCAAGAAAAGUAUAAAGAAGAGAACACAUUCUUACAUUCACUCAAUGAAAAUUUAUUAAGAAAUCAGAUGGAAUGGAAGACUAAAUAUACUCAAUUGGAGAAACAAUGGAGACAAGAACAACAACAAGUACAAGAAUUGCAAGAAGAAUUGCGGGAUUUGAGGUUUCACUUGUCCAGUAUGGAAACUAUAUUGAAUGGAGAAAAUCAGAAAGAAUCUGUUGAAAAUACGAGUGAAUAUUCUCAUCAAACAGCUGAAUGGAAAGGUGGUGAUGUGAUUGGUGUUGCAAAGACUCCUCAACGAAAACAACAUAAAGACUCCCAUAAAAGAACACCUAAACAAAAGUAAUCAUAUUCAGUCUUCCUUUGGAUGCAAAUUUUCAUGUAAAGGUAAUAAACUAUUAUCAAAAAAC